GCGGGAGGGGCGUUCAAGUCUCCCUGUCCGCGCGGUGUCGACAGGACCGUGGAAACAUUGCAACCUCUGCAUAAGAACAAUAGCUACAAAUUACGGCAGUUGAGGAGGCAAGUCACCUGCAGCACCUGUGGCCUGCAUUGCCUGCAAAAGAUUUACAACCACAAGGUCUUCUCUCGUGCAGAAUGAAGAGCGUGUUUCCUGUGUGGCUGGUGUGGUGGGCGGCGCUCAGUGAGCUGGCGGCCGGCGAUACAGAUUCGGAUAGAGUGAAGCGGCAAGUUUUCCGACCUCAGCAAGGAGGCGUUGGUCGACAACAGUCCUUCAGGGUGUCGGGCCCUCAGAGGUUCGAAAAAGACCCGAUCACAGGGCAGUUCGUCCCCGUGGGCGACAGAGACGGCCUCUCAGGGGCAGGGAUUUCAGGGGGCUUGAGCCAGCUGCCGUGGCUGGGCCAGGUGGUCGGCCCCAACCUCACCCUCGCCCUCAGCCCUGCCAGCCCCAACGUGGCCAGCUUUGCCAGGAGCACCAACUUCCAGAUCGCGCGAGACCAGCCUGAUCUGAUGUACCAGGAAUGUCGGACCCCAACCAACCAGUACGGCCGCUGCAGACACUUAGUAUACUGCAUGUUACCGGAGUUCACCAGUUACCAGGCGUUCUUGCCUUACGGGUGUCCUAUUCAGGGCAGAUACGUGGGUGCGUGCUGCCCGCGCCCGGGACCCGCCGUCGCCCCGGGGUUCCCUUCCGUGCCCGGCCAGACGCAGACGCCCGCGCCAACCACCAACUUCGAUGCCUGCGGAGUAGGGCCCCACGUCCGCAUCGUGGGCGGGGUGCCUGCACGGGAGGCCGAGUUCCCUUGGGUGGUGGCAGUGAUGCGUACGGGCGCCAAUCCUAACCAGUACUGCGGCGGCGCUCUCAUUUCCAACAGACACGUUCUCACGGCCGCUCAUUGCCUCGCCGGGUUCGACUGGAGCACCAUCUGGGUUCGCGUAGGCGAGUACGACUUCAGUCAAAAUGGGGACACCCCGCACAUAGACGUCCAAAUCGCGGACUUCCGUCUCCAUAGCAACUUUAACAGCCGGACCUUCGAGAACGACAUCGCCCUGCUGAUCCUCGGACAGCCCGUCACCUUCAACAAGCACGUGCGCAAGAUCUGCCUUCCUCCUGCCGGGGAAUCCUUCAUCAACAGGCGUGCGACCGUCACGGGCUGGGGCGCGCUGGCCUAUCAGGGUCCCGUAUCACCUGUGCUGAAUAAGGUCGAGCUGCCCAUCUGGGAUAACGAGCGCUGUGACGCAGCCUACGACCAGCCGAUCCGGUCAACCAUGCUGUGCGCAGGACUUCCUGAGGGCGGCCAGGACUCGUGUCAGGACGACAGUGGAGGCCCUCUCAUGGUGGAAAUCAACAACAACUGGGCCGUGGUUGGGAUCGUGUCCUUCGGAACGCGCUGCGCCGAGCCCGGGAAGCCUGGCGUCUACACGCGGGUCAACAGCUUCCUCGACUGGAUCAGGAGCAACGCUUAAAGUGCGGGGGAAAAGGAGGCGGCUGGAGGUGACGACGUAGAAGAUCACGAAAGAGGAAGGAAAUGAUGUCAACUUGAUGAAAAGGGAAGAAGAAAACAUGGAUUAACCAUUGAUACAACUAUAUUUUACAGGAAAAUGGAAAGAAAGGCGAGGGAAUAAGGAGGAAGGGCACAUGGAGGGAUGGUGAAAGUAGAACGAAGAAGGGAAAUAUAAACUAUCAGAGGAGUAGAUGUAAAAUUAAUCUAAUAACAUCCCCUAAAUUUAGGAAAAAAAAAAAAAAAAAAUAGAGAGGCUGAUAAUAUAUCCUCGUUUUCAGAUAGUUUGAAAAAAGCGCCAAGCGCUCCAAUCCCGCUGUAUACACAUGCUUUAGAAAUGGCAUUAGAGUAACCAAAAGAGUUGAGAUGUCUUUAUCAACUCGUUAUCUUAUAUAUUGUACAUACACAUUUUGCUAUAAAUGUUUUCUUUUUGCGAAAUGAUUACGUUAACGCCUCUCAUUCAAGUGAACACAAUAAACGGAGAAGGGAACAAA